AAAGGCCCAAAAACGUCCUUUUGGCGCCACUGCUGUGCAUGAAAGUAAAACGAGACAUUUAUUUAUACUUUUUCAGGUAACUGUUGUAGACUACUUGAUCGAUGAUAAAUGUUUGGAGGCAGUUGCAACCAUUAGUCAAUGAAAUUGCUUCAGCGCUAAAAAUAAUGGCCUCUAAACAAACAAAUGCAACACAGGUAAUCUUACCACCGAACUACAAAGUGGAGGCUUCUCUUGUUGGAAUGAACUGUCUUGACAAGGCCGAAUUUAAUCAGACGGUGUCCUAUGCAUGUGUCGAAGUACCUUUCUCGAAGUGCAAUGAAGUGUCCAAGAGUUUGAAGGCAUUUUUGGUCAAACUCCCGAACUUCAAAGCAGUCCGAAAUUCAGACGAGGGAAAGGGAAAGCUUUUCGUGUUGAAUCCAGAUGCAGUUAAAAGCAGCGGGGAUUCGAUAACCGAAGUUUUGCAUUCAAAUAAUCUUGAACUGAGUGACAAGGAGUUUCAACUGGGAUACGAGAAUCUAUCUUUUCAACAAAUCAGCAGUCUUGUUUUACCCAACAACCAAACAGUGUCGGGUUUCUCUCAAAUCGGUCAUAUUGCUCAUUUCAAUCUUCGAGACGAAACUUUGCCAUUUAAGACAAUUCUAGCUCAAGUAAUAUUGGAUAAACUUCCUACGGUAAAGACAGUCGUGAAUAAAACACAAAACAUUGAAACUGAGUUUCGAAAUUUCAGCUUUGAAAUUUUAGCCGGAGACGAUAACACUGUUGCAGAUGUGGUUGAACACGGCGUGAAGUUUCGACUGGAUUUUGCGAAAGUUUAUUGGAACUCAAGGCUGUCGCGCGAACAUCAGAGAAUCGUCAAUUUUUUAGAUCAUAACAGUGUCUUAAUUGACCCAUUUUGUGGCGUUGGACCUUUCGCGUUACCAGCUGCGAAGAAAAGUUGCAAGGUUUAUGCGAAUGAUUUGAACCCGGAAUCUAUCAAAUGGUUGAAAGAAAAUAUAAAGCUCAAUAAAAUAUCUCCUGAAAAAAUUGAAGUACACAAUUUGGAUGCAUCGAAUUUCUUUCAAAACGUCCUUGUAAAGUUAUUAUCUUGGAAACCCAAUCCGAACGAAGAGUCUUUUGAAACCAAUUUUCAUGUUCCGAUGAAUUUACCGUCGUUAGCUCACGAAUUCCUGGAGCCUUUAAAAUCAUCGGUUUUGAAGGCUGAGCAAAAAAUUAUGAUGCCGAUUUUUGUUCAUCUCUAUUGUUUUGUGACAAAAGAAAACCCUACGGAAGAGGCUAUUCUAUUGGUACAUAAAAGUCUCGCUAUGCAAAAUGUAAGCCUCGGGCAGUUCAGAGACAAAUGCAACGUGCAUGAAGUGAGAAACGUGAGCGUUAACAAAGUGAUGAUGUGUGUGUCUUUCAAUUUGAAGCCAGUUCUGAACAUCGAGCUAGACGGAGAACUAAAAACUGAAUCAGAUUGCAAACGUGUAAAACUGGAAAACUGAUUUAUUGUUGCUCCUUAUUUAGUUUUGUCGAAUUUACUUUUUUGAGUUCUCGA